AUGAAUAACAAUCCGUACUCAAACAUGUAUUCAUUCCAAACUCUUCUUCUUAUUCUUCUUUCGAUUCUUAUCCAAAUGAGUUCUUGUCAAUAUUAUGGAACUUAUUAUUCGGGUGGUUUGGAUAAUUAUCCAUUGUAUUUGGGACAUCAAACUGGAAACUCUUAUGGAAAUUCGUAUCUGGGAAAUGAAUUGGCUGGAAUUUAUCUGUUUUGUAAUGGAAUUGGUUGUCCUGGAAGAGGAUAACAAAUAUAUUUGUUGAUUUUUGUGUUAAAUUAUUUGAAAUGUAUAUUUAUUUUGAAAAAUAUUGUUAUCUGAGUGAAAAGGAAUUAAUAAAAUAAAUUUUGAACUUUGAAUUUAUACAAGAAAUGCUAGAAGGUUCACAGAUUCUUUUUAGAUCAUUCUAACAAUUUUUGAUUUCAAAGAAUUCCAGCCAAAUCUCCUCAUUUUUUCUUGGUAAAGGCGGUGAUCCUUGAUAGUUAAAGUUUCUCGGUGCAACUACUUGAAAACUAGGAUCUCUAGGCGCGACUACUUGCCAGAGUGGAUCUCAAGGCGCUGAUCCUUGAGAACCACACAUACUAGGUGCCGUUCCUUGUCGAUUGAGAUUUCUAGGCUCAGCUACUUGAUAACUAGGCUCUUUAGACUAGUCUCUAGUGAUCUUUGAAAUUUGGAAUUGAAAAUACAUUUUAAGACCUAGGUUCAUUUAUUUCGUAAUAAAAAUUCCUGUAACUUGUACUGUUGACUCAACUGAACUUAAAAAAGGUCAAAGUGAGAUCGUUAUCAUAAAAUUGAAUAAUUAAAUGUCUCUAUUGAAUUUUGGUCGACCAAGGUUAUUUUUCCAGGUCGAUUCGAUUCGAAAUCAGAUUGUUGGUCUUAUGGAAUUGUUUUGUAUGAAAUGUUAACCCUCGGACAACAACCAUAUCAAGGAUUAGCCAAUGAUGAAGUUCUAAACUAUAUCGAAUUAUCCCGGAAAAUUCUCGACAAACCACUAGAAUGUCCAGAAUACUGGUACAAAGUGAUGAAAAUGUGCUGGAGAUAUCAUCCAAGAGAUCGACCAAGUUUCGCACAAAUUGUUCAUAUGUUAUUGCCACACGCCAGCGAUGAAUUCCGCGAUAUUUCAUAUGUUUGCAAUAGUGAUUUGCAUAUUGAAGAUGCUGAAACUGAUGAUGAAGAUGAGCAUACGGAUGAAGACGAAGCUGAUUAUGUGGCUGAACCAGGAACAAUGGCAGCGGCAGCGAGAAUGAGAACUGACUCAAUUCCAAUGAAAGAAAUUCGACCGUGUUCGAGUAGAAGUAGCUCAAGUCAUUCGUCAUUAUUUAUGCGAGAUUCGAGGAAAAAUUCGAUGAAAAGUUUGAUGAAUAACAGUAAUUUAAGGUUGGUUAGAGACUUCUGAAGAUAAAGCAAAAAUUGAAUAUUUUUUUAGGCUUCAUUCACAUCGACAUAAUAGUUUGGAUCGAAUGAGUGGACCGAAUUCAUAUCAGCCAUUAUCGAAUAAUCCACUUGGAGUUGCGAAUGAUCAUUUUGAAAGUGGGGAUUAUGUGGAGAAAGAUGUUGGGAUGGAAGAAAUUCCGAAGGUAGGAUUUUCAGCAAAAAUUUCAGCUAGAAAAAUCAUUUUUCUCUCAAAAAGGACUCGAAUUCAAAUUAGAGCUCAAAUUAAUGAAAUGUUUGAAAAAAAAAUUGCUCAUCUUAAAAUUUUAAUCAAAUUGAAUUCACCUCGAAAUUCCAAAAAUUUGAAAAUAAAACAUCUCAAAAAAUACUUUCAGAAAUUCAUCCCAAAAUCAGUUUCUGGUCAAAUCGAAAGUCAACCAACACCACCUACAAAUAAUCAGACAAACAAUAAAAAUUCGCCAAAAUCCAACAUUGAAAAUGAGGAUGGAUAUUGUAUGUCAAAUCGAAAUGGAACUAUGGAUUUUCGAAAUAAUUGGGGAGGCGAAGGAGAUCGAUUGACACAUCGAAAUGGAACCAAAUAA